CUUCUUCUCCAUCUGCACUCUCUUUUUCUCUGGAUUUUAGAAAGAGAGAGAAACAGACAGAUUCUUCUUCUUCUUCAUCCCGCCGGCCGGAGAUAAUGGCGCUGAAUCCACCGGCCAGAUCGUGCACUCCUGGUUUGUUAAAAGCGAUUUUGUUCUUCUUAGCGCUAUGUUUAGGCGGCUAUAUACUAGGACCUCCUCUUUACUGGCACUUAAUGGAAGGUUUAGCCGCCCCUACUUCCUCUUCCUCUUCUUCUUCUUGUCCAUCCUGCAAUUGCGAUUGUUUUUCCGAACCAAUUAUGUCAAUUCCAUUAGGAUUGAUCAACACGUCUUUCACAGAUUGUGCUAAGCGUGAUCCAGAAGUAACAGAGGAUAGUGAGAAGAACUUUUCCGAACUUCUAUCGGAGGAAUUGAAGUUAAGAGAAGCUGAAGCUAUGGAGAGUCAAAAGCGAGCAGACAUGGCAUUACUUGAGGCGAAAAAGAUAACAUCUCAGUAUCUGAAAGAGGCGGAUAAAUGCAAUUCCGGAAUGGAAACUUGCGAAGAAGCCAGAGAGAGAUCUGUGGCGACUUUAUUAGCUCAGAAGAAGUUGACUGCAUUGUGGGAGCUUCGAGCUCGUCAAAAGGGAUGGAAAGAAGGAAUGAAUAAUCGUGUUAAAUCGACUUCAUCUUGAUUCAAUCUCAAUCAAAUCCUUGUUUGCAAGUACUCUUCUUUACUUUUCUUGAAGCAGAUUAACAAAAACCUGCAACCCUAGUAGUAUCUUCCCUUCACAAAUAUUUAUGUAUUAGAAGAUUUGUAUCAUAGAAGAAGAUAGGUAACACAUUAUUAUUAUUAAUAACAUUGGCCACAUUUCAACAUUCAAGUUUCAAUU